GAAAAAGGUUAGACACAGAAAAAGAGGGAAUAGGCUGAAUAAUUAUAAAUUAAAGCUAGUAAAAAUAAAUUAAAGUUAAGGAAACUGUAUAUUUGAUUAUUAAGUGUCAUAGUAAAUAUAGACUAUUAUUUACUAAAUAGUCCGAUUGUCCAGAGAACAACGUGUCCUAGGUUAGGCCGUUCUUGAAACAUGUUAAUAUUGUUGGAAUAACAUGACUGAAAGGAAAAUGUGCAAAUUCUACAAUUUAAACGUGCCCGAGCGACGGUCUGGUGAGGCCCAGGGAAUAGCGCAGAACCACGGCAACAACGAAGAUGAUGAUAGGAAUCCCGACGAUCCGUUGGUUCCUUACGUGCCGCCGCACGAACACAAGCUGGAAUAUAGCUACUGGAUGUGGUUUUCAAGGCGGCCCGCCCGAGAUCUUACCACAACACCCACUGGUUACGGCCAGGCGUUACGUUUGGUGGGUCGGGUGGGCAGUGUGGAACAAUGGUGGGGUCUAUAUACACAUCUGGCUAGACCUUCAGAGUUACCUCCACUCUCUGACCUUCAUCUUUUUAAGUUGGGUAUUAAGCCAAUGUGGGAAGAUCCGGCCAAUGUCAAUGGAGGGAAGUGGGUGGUCAGAUUACGUAAAACACAGACGGGUCGUGCAUGGGAAGACUUAUGUAUGGCAAUGCUGGGCGAACAAUUUAUGGUUGGACCAGAGCUGUGCGGUGUGGUACUCUCAGUACGAUUUCAGGACGACCACCUGGCAGUGUGGCACCGGACGGCGUCGGACACGGCGGCGGCGCAUCGCGUGCGGGACGCCCUGCGCCGCAUCCUGCAGCUGCCCGCGUCCGUGCCCAUCGAGUACAAGGCGCACGGAGACUGCCUGCGCGCCACGGCCUCGCGGGCCCCGGACCACGAGCACAGCGAGCCCCCGCCCCGCUCGUAGCGCUCCGCCCCCCUCGCCACUCGUGUGUUCGGUACUCUAGUGCCUCCGGUGACCGCGCGACCGACGCCCGCGCGCUCUCGUCUCUGACCUGAUAUUCUG